AUGAGCUUUCUUGCUGUCACUGGUAGCGGAGCCUGCUCGGCCAUGGCAGGUGGUGAUGCUGCCGACCCGUGGUCGGCGCCCGGAUCAGAUCCCUGGCAGGGAAACCGUGAGUGGAGUGCUGGAGAGACCACCGGCACCGAAGCAGCUGUGAAUGAGCCCAAUGAGACGAAGAAGAACGAUGACGAGGACGCCCGUGACCAGUCUACGGGAGGCCAGGAUGGUGGGGAGCCCGCGGCAUCUGCCGCAGAUUCCUGGCGCAGGGAUGAGUGGAAAGAGCGACCUCGUGAUCACUGGCAGCAUGCGAAAGAUGGAAGCAGCGAUGGCGGUGGCUCCGCCGACGCAACUACGUCGGGGUCAGACCGCCGUGCGUCUGACGGAAUGGGACGACUGGAAAGCGGACCGUUGGCAGUCCUACGCCUGGGACGGAUGGAUGCCAUGGGGCGAUGGAAGCCAGCGAUACGCCGCCUGGCAAGGCGGGACUACAAGCGGGACUACCACGAGCCCCGGGGCACCACCGCCGAGCGGACCUACGAGCUGGAAUACCACGGGCCCCGGGACAGCCCCGCCGAGCACUGUGAUGAUGCCUACGAGCUGGAAUACGACGGGCCCCUGGACGACCCCGCCGAGCACUGCGGGAGCGACUUCUACUACACGAUCCGGCGCUACGUCUACACGAGAUGGAGGCUACUGAUUCCGAGCUUCAGUGGCGAUGCGGAGGGCUCCGGCGACUUGGGGACCUCGGCAAGGAGUUACCUACGACAGGUCGCGGCCUGGGAGAAGAUGACAAAGUUGAGUCCUUCGCAGAGAGCCCUUGUGUUGUAUCAGAACCUUCAGGGGUCGGCCUGGGUGAACUCAGAGUCCUUGUGCGUCGAGGACCUCGCUCAGGACAACGGGGUGCAGACGCUAAAGGACUGGAUCACUCAGCACUACCUGGAUGUGGAGGUGACCCAGGUGGGCCGAUCGCUGAGCGACUUGUUCAGGAAACUGAAGCGACGCCCGGCGCAGUCUUUUCGGGAUUACACGUCGGAGUUCAACAGGUUGCUGGCCCGGGUCACGGAGUGCGGUUGCACUUUGCCCGACAUGGCGACGGCAUGGUUAUAUGUGGACCGGGCAAGUUUAGACGAGUCCACCGAGGUGUCACUCCUGGCCUCGGUCGGGAACCGCUAUGCUCUUCGCGAACUCCAGCAGGCGGCGAUCAUCCUCGACCGCUCCAUCCGGAAGCCGUGGGAAAAGACUUCGAGGCCCGAGGGCGGCGGAAACAAGCGGUUCAACUCCGUGAACCACACCGAGGGUGUAGAGGGCGCGGAGGAUGAGGGCACCGACGGCGAGUUCGACCUGAUCGACCGUGUGGGCGAGGACACGGGCGACUUGUAUGCCAGAUACCGUGAUGCUACAAAGGCCAGGGGGAUCGACAACGGCAAUGCCUCUUCCAAGCGCGACUACGACCCUGGCUCCGUUCGCAAAGCUGCUGAAGCCAAGGUCCAGCUGGCCAAGUCGAAGAGCUUCUGUGCGGCCUGUGGCCAACGCGGCCAUUGGCACCGGGACCCGAUCUGCCCUCAGCGGGGAAAUGCGAGCAAGCCGCAAACGGUGCACGUGACGAAUGAGAUCAUGGAACUCUCUACCAAGGGUCACUCCGAGCUCUUCGCUAUCCUUGACUCCGCCUGCUCGAAGUCCGUCGUCGGAACCGGAUGGCUGGACCGGUACCUCACCCUGACUCGGGGAAAGGGGUACGACAUCGGGUUCAUCUAUGAGCGGGAAGCGUUCAAGUUUGGCGCCGCGAGCAAGAUCUACGAGUCCUCCUAUGCGGCGGUGAUCCUGGUCCCGAUCUACGACAAGUGCGUGGCAGUGAAAUGCGCUGUGAUCCACGGGGAUAUUCCCCUCCUGAUGUCGAGGCCGGCCUUAGCCGAACUUGGCCUCGUCCUCGACCUGGGCACGAGCUCAGCGAGCUUCAAGCGCCUCGGCUCUGAAUUCCUCAAGCUGCAGGAGACGUCGAGUGGCCACCCGGCGAUUCGUAUAGACCAUAGCAGCCUUAGCAGGCCGGAUGUUUCGUGCCUCCCGAAGAACUGGGAGGGACAUGGAGUUGCAGUCGUCAGCCCGUGCGAGGUGUACAUGGUUGCAUGCGGGGGUGAUUGGGGAUGUGCAGAGCGAGCUGGAGAGCGAGUGGCUAUCCUACUCUAUGGGUCGGCCGAAGCGUUUUCAACAGAGCUCGAACGCCCUGUGUCCUCGUCUCCGACCCGCGACAUGAGCUCGUCGGGCCGCCCGGCGAUAUGGAAGAUGACGAAGGCCCAGCUUCUCGAGGAGUGCCUCCACCGCGGCAUGGCAGUGAGCGAGAAGUGGACAUGUCCGGAACUGAGAGCUGUGCUGGUGGCAGACCGGGAUCACAACGAGGUGACCGAGAAGCCACCGAAGGGGCUGUCAGCUAUGAGCCUGGCCGAGCUCCGUGUGGAGGCGGAUCGGAUGGGAAUGGAUGUGGGACCGCGAGAGACCCGCGGGAGCUUGAUGUUGCGGAUCCGCGAUGCAGCCUGUCCGGACGAGACCGUCAUGGCCAUCGGCCGCUUCAAGGGGAGCUCGUUCAUGGACAUCCCCGAGAACUACGGUGCGUGGGCCUCGGAGGAGGAGAGAGCCAAUGGACAUGAGCCCCGACUUGAAGAGGUUUGUCCAGUGGAGACGACACCGCCGCGAUCAGAAGGCCACAGCACCGAGCUCCUCGACGAGACGCAAGGACCCGGAGGGCGACGCCUUGAUUCCACCUCCACCUCUGAGCGAGACGGGGGAAGCGAGGGCGGUUACAUGAAGGAUGCGCCGUACCCGCCCAAGGUGUCCACCCGGACGGGCUUGGUGGCGAAGGCCAAGGCAGUGCGGAGGGACCGGUCUCCCGACGGGAGCGAGCGCACCUACAUGGACCAGGACAUCGCGAAGGAGACGCAGGAGGAGAACGAGAUGCUGGAAGCACGAUUGGCGGCCUUGAAGGACAACGGCGCAGCCGAUCGGGGGUCGGCCCUCACCCCAGAAGAGGGGGCACACGACAUGCACCACGAUGCUUUCUUAUCGUGUUCGUCUGGUUCGGACGACUCGUGCCAGGAGGCGCUAAUCUCCAGCAAGGCUCUCGGGCGCCUGGGUGAUGAGCUUGUUGGCGUAAGACCAUCUGCUGGACACCCCGGCGAAGAGCGAGCCGCGACCGCUUUGGAAGCAGGCGACUACGACUUCAAGACCGCCGGCGAGAUCCUCGACCUCUACGACUUCCGAAGCUGCCCCAAAAGGCGACCAGGAAUUCAUGCUGAUGCUGAAGGAGAACGGGUGGCACUCGGCUACUAUGCGUACGGCAACUUCAGGGGAGUGUGCAAGAAGUCUGUACGUUGGCCUCAGCUCACCAAGUACCUCAACGCCUUCCUUGCCGAUCAUGCUGGAACUAGUGAUGAGAACGGAAGGCCCGCUUUCUGGUCCUCCCUGACCUUGCUCAAGGACUGCCCCGCCGCCAUCCACACCGACAAGAACAACCUCAAGGGCAGCCCCAACUACGUGAUCAGCUUUGGUCCCGGAGCCGGCGGAGGCCUUUGGAUUGAGCAACCUGGGGGCCACACUUGGCGACGAAGCCGCAAUGGAGAGGAGGUCGAGGGCAUCGUCGCGGACACAGACCGCCAGGUCUGGGAGUUUGAUCCCCGCCUACGCCAUGGAUCCGAACCGAGCGAAGCUGGCCGCUGGUUUCUGGCCAGCUACACCGCCCGCACGUUCCCGGAGGCCACCAGACUCGAGAAGAAACUCCUACGGGGUCUGGGUUUUCCUCUUGGCUCCAAGGGGGACAUGAAGGCCUUGAAAGACAAUGUGUUCCACGGCCCCAUGGAGAACGACAACGACAAGGCGAAGAGGAGUGCACCCCGCCGGAGCACGCGAAGGUCUGUUUGGAAGAACGCGGCCUUCCUCAGUGUGAUGUUCACCACGGUCCUUUCCGCCAUGGGUGACGCUGUACGUGAUCUACUACCAGAACGCCCUACGUCUACGACGGCACUACUCGAGGUGGGGGGCGUCUCGGCAACUUGUUGGCUCGCCGAAUUCAGCGGAGACUACAUCAACCUCGCCGAGCCCAUUGUCAUGGAAGACGUGAUCUGUAACGACCACCCUGCUGACCUCGGGAUCGGAUAUUUGGAGGCGGCCGUCAUGAGACAUCGUCCCGGGCAACUAUGGCUUCAUGUACUACCAGACUGGGGAGAUUCGCGACUUCAUGGUGAUCUGACGGAAGCGAUCGCCCUGCAACUUGGAGAAGGGCGAGCCGUUGUCUUCGAGAGGCAAAUCGAAGAGGACACCCUGUGGGAGGACCUGACGGGAGGAUGGGGCGAAGCCGACUACGCUGUGCACCGCGAUGUGAGCGAAGAUGGGAACGAACUGGUGCGGGUCCGCUACGAGGAGUACGAGAGCUAUGUGAACGAGGUCUUCAUUGGGGACAGCGAGGACCACAACACCAGAGUCCGAGUCGGGCAUCGUGCGGUACCUCCUGGCCAUGGACCAGUUGGGGCCGAGAUCUUCGCCGGAGAGAACGUAGGCCCCGGCAGUGAGGCACGAGGCGAACAUCGUGCAGUACCUCCUGGUCCUGGAGCUGCGGAAGCUGAGCCGCAGGAACGUGGAGCCAAGGCUAUAAGGUUUCCGCCCUCAGUCCCAGGACGGAUCGCGUCGAGCCUACGUCGGCUACACCAGAAUUUGGGACACCCCAGUGCCGCAGAUUUCGUGCGACAUCUACGUCUUGCAGGAGCCGGAAGGGACGUUCUCAAAGCAGCCCGCGGACUAGAGUGCCAAGUUUGUCAACGUUGUAAACUACCUGGAGUACCCAAGCCUGCCAAAAUCGCCCCAUGUCUCAGGUUCAACCAGAUGGUUGGAGUCGACCUCUUCUACGUCCACGACUCCGAGGACCAUCGGCACCAGCUCUUGUCAAUGGUGGACUUCUCCUCCGGGUACCACGUGGUCGUGCCAGUGGCAAGAAAGGACUCCAGCCAUCUCGAGCGAGCGUUUUGCGAGAACUGGCUGAACAUAUUUGGAGCACCAGAUGUGAUCGCCGUGGACAUGGAGAACGGUCUGGAGAAAUCGUUCGCCAAGGUGAGCGAUUGGACGGGGUCCCACAUCCGGAGCGCCGCCGGACAGGCCCAUUUCCAGGCCGGAUACACUGAGCGCCAGGGCGCCAUCUGGAAGUCGCUGUUUUCGCGGGUGUGCGAGGAGAUGUCUGUGUGCAAGUCCGAGAUCCACCUCGCGAUCGGCGCGGUGUCCAGCGCCAAGAACAACCUGAUGAAGAGCAGCGGGUUCAGCCCCGUGCAACAUGUUUUUGGUUCCUCGCCGACCCUUCCUGAGGAUCUGCUCAAUGGCCCGCACGCCAACUCACCGAACGAGGACCUGAUCAUUGACGACAGCCAUGCCAGACAAGUCGCCAUCAGGACCGCAGCCCGUGCCGCCUACUACCACGUCCAGACCGACGAGAGGGUGAGGAGAGCCUUGGCGAGCAGGACUCGCGUCACCGCACGCCGCCCCGAAGUAGGAGAAAGGAUCUUCUACUUCAGAAAGACAAAGAACGCCAAGCGCGGAAUGUGGGUGGGGCCAGGAACCGUGAUAGGUGAGGAGGGAGUGAACAUCUGGGUCACUCGUGGCGGCCGGUGUGUCCUAUGUGCCCCCGAACAUGUUCGAUUGGCCACGGCAGAAGAACUCGGGGAAGCUUUCAGUCUCCGGGCGGCCCACGAGGAGGAGAUCUUUGCCGACGAGGAGGACAUCGACAUGGACGAUGGAAGGGGUGCGGGUCCCGUCGAGGAGGGCGGCGAGCCACCGGACGACGAGGAGAUGCCCCUAGAUCUCGAAGGGGAAGGCGGAGACCCUCCGCAGCAAGGCCGCCGGAGGGAACUCGAGCGUCGACCGCCCGUUGUGCUAAAACGACAGCGCCGAAAGGGGCGCCCUACUGAACCUGGCGAUGCUGACGGCGCCCACCAAGUCAACAUGCUCAAGAGGGCGAAGACGGAACGGUCCCGCGAGAAACAGCUCGAGAAGGAGAUCCCGUGGUCCAUGAUACCCGAGCACAUGAGGGAUGUGUUCCAGGCCGCCGAGGCCAAACAGUGGGCUGAGCAUGUGGACAGUGGGGCCUUAGAAGUCCUGGACUUGGCCGAGAGUGAGCGCAUCCGCGCCGAAGUGCCAGCCGAGCGCAUCCUGGGUUCGAGAUACGCUUACCGCGAUAAGAACAUGGGGCUUCGGAGGAUCAACCCGGAGACCGCCUGGAAAGCUAAGGCGAGGCUGGUAGUCGCCGGACACCAAGAUCCGGACGUGGGCGUGAAGGAGAUUGUUGUGGACUCCCCCACGGUUGCCAGGUCCUCGCUGCUCGCCGUGCUACAAAUCUGUGCCUCAAAGCGGUGGACCACGGCCGCUGGAGAUAUCCAAGCAGCUUUUCUUCAAGGAGUUGAGCUACAGCGAGAAUUGUGGCUCUCCCUCCCUCGAGGUGGAGUCAAGGGCCUACAUCCUCGACAACUGGCGAGGAUACGCAAAGAGGUCUUCGGACUCUCGGAGAGCCCGAGGAUGUGGUAUGACCGGCUGUCGAGCGUCCUACUUGGGGAGGUCUUCGAGAUCAACGGCGACAAGUACCGCUUGUGUCCAAGUCCACUGGACCCCUGCGUUCUGAUGCUGCUGAAGAACGGAGAAGAAGGAGAACCAGCGGCCUACCUGACGAUCCAUGUCGACGACAUCCUUGUGGGCGCGCCACCGGAAGUCAACCGGUACCUACGUGAGCGGAUCAGUGCACUCUUCCCUGUCGACGAUUGGAUCCUCGACAACUUUGAGUACACUGGUUCCCUCAUCCGGAACGAUGACGACGGCAUCUACAUCAACCAGGCGAACUUCGUUGAAGGCCGACUCUUCAAGGUGGACGUGCCUCGACAGCAAGCCGGGCUAGAGCCGGCCACCCUCGAACAGGAGAUCGACAACCGGUCCCUCAUAGGGGCCCUGAGCUGGUUGGGAAGCCAAAGCCGCCCAGAUCUACAGUGCGGCGUGGCGCUUUCGCAACAACUACAGCGGGCACCCCUCACGCAGGACGUCCGCUUCGUGAACGGCCUGACCGUCAAGGCCGAGGAACACAAGGACGAGGGCAUUUACCUGCGACGCAUCAACCUCCAAGAGGCGAUCUUCGUCGCCUUCCACGACGCAGCAUGGGCCAACGCCGAGUUGGAGGAGGCCGAAGAAGGCUUCAGAUUGACGGCCCAGGAGAUCCGCGACCGCACCUUCGACGAGCUCUACACCGACCAGAGGCCACGGAAGGCCAAGCGAUCCGGCUCGAAGCUCGCAUCUCAGAUCGGGCACCUGGUGAUGCUGUUCGACGACAAGCUCCUAGAUGGCGAGAGGAGCCGAGGGAGCAUCCUCGAAUGGAGGAGCCAGAGUUGCAAGCGGGUGUGCCGCUCGACAUUUGGAGCCGAGACCAUGGCCGCGAUCGAAGGGAUGGAAGGUGCCCAGUAUGUCAGGGCGCUUCUGGCCUCACUACUGGCCGGAAGGUUAGUUCGGCAUGAGGAGGCGAGGAAGCGGUGGCCACUACUCUGCGCCACCGACUGCAAGUCCCUCUACGACCACCUCCACAAGACCGGGAUGGCAAAGAUACCAACGGACCGACGCCUAGCCAUCGACCUCGUUGCCAUGAGACAGGAACUCGCGGCCGAGUGUUGGAACCGAAGGUUCCCGAUUCAGUGGAUCCCCACGUCGCUUCAGUUGGCAGACCCGCUCACCAAGCCCAUGCGGGUGAACCAAUGGUGGGAAUAUGUAAAGAACGGUUUUUGCCUGCCAUUAAAGAAGGGGAUCUUUUCUAGGAGGGAGAAGGAAGGUUUUAACCAAUGUGAAUGUGAAGUUAUCUCUGCUGCUACUGAGCCGCAUGUGUCAUGA